AAAAGAGGAAAAGAAAAGGAAAAAAAGGCGAAACAGUUUCGUAAUCUUCGUCUUCCUCCUGCUGCACCACCUGCGUUUCCUAGGGUUUUGGCCAUUACCGGCUGAGCAAAUUGUUCCUCUGCAAGUCCGCGCCGGCGCGCCUCCGGAUUUCCGGCGAAUUCGCUCCCGCGGGGCGCCUCUGUCGGCGCGAAUUCCGGCAAUACGAAGGAUGGUUAUCUUGUUCCAGUGACUUGCGGCGCUGCUAGAAUCGUUCGUCGGCUUAUCUUUCUCGUUCGGCGCGGAGUGGGAUUAGCAAUUUGUUGCCGGGAGAGAGCAUGUAUUCCUCUAGAGGGAGCAGUGCGUACGGGCAACAGUCGUAUUCUGGCCAAUCCGGAUAUGGUCAGAAGAUGGGACCUGCAUAUUCGGGAGGCUCUGCUGGUGGACCUGAUGGGGGCUCUCAAUUUUCUUUGGCCUCUCAGCAUUCAUCAAUCCAUGGUGCCUUGCAGGAAGCUGAUGUUGGUGGAUAUAGGGCUCAUCCUUCAGCUGCAGCUCAUUACGGAGGACAGUAUAGUUCUGUGUAUGGCUCAGCUGGUUUGAGUGGAUCUCAGCAGCUUCCGGCACUCAGUAAUAAAGGGGCUGGGCAGUCUGUUUUAGAAGGUCGCAGCAACUACACCUCAUCUAUAUCAGCUUCUCCUAAAUUUACAUCCAGUGAAUAUGUCUCCUCAUCCAACCAUGGUUAUGGUCGAAAAAAUGAGGGAUUAUUUGCAGAAAAAGUUCCUGAUUAUCCUUCUUUAGAAAGGCGACAGUAUGCUGAAAGACAAGGUGCCUAUAUCAGGAGAGAUGUGCAGACAGAGCCAACCGGAAGAUUCACUGAUUCUGCUGGUUUUGGUCAUCAACGUCAGUCUGAGAUGUAUGAUCGCAUGGAUCAGACAUCUUUACUUCGACAAGAACACUUGCUGAAAACUCAAUCACGUCAUUCCACUGCACUCGAUGGAAGCUCCAGACAAAAUGAAUAUCUUGCAGCAAGAGUUCCUGCAAACCGACAUCUGGACCAAGAUCUCGUGUCUUAUGGACGUAGAAUGGAUGCCGAUCCUCAAAGCUUGUCGAUGCUUGGUGCUCCCUCUUAUGGUGGACCAAAAGCAACGUCAAUAUUAGGGGCAGGCCCAAGAAGAAAUGCGGACGAUCACAUUUAUGGGCAAAGUUCUUUGAAUCCUGGUUAUGGAGUGAGCUUGCCUCCUGGGAGGGACUAUACUACUGGAAAAGGGCUUCACGGUAGCGAGUCCGAUUACUCGAGUAGCAUACUAUCACGUGGUAGUCAUCCUCGGAUUGAAGAACACAACGAUGACAGGGCUAGUUAUCUUCAAGAAUUUGAAUUAAGAGAGGAAGAGCGUCACAGGGAGCGGCUGAGAGAGAGAGAGAGAGAAAGAGAAAGGGAGAAGGAACACCAACGCGAACGAGAACGCGAACGGGAGAGGGUACGUGAAUGGGAGCGCGAACGAGAACGAGAACGCGAACGCGAACGUGAAAGAGCUCGAGAAAGGGAACGCUUGUUGGAGAAACGAGACAAGGAAAAAGAACGAGAGCGAAAACGUUUAGUAGAGACUGGACGAGAACGGACUCCUCCGAGGGCCUCGAAGGACCGACGAGGUUCUUCUUUGACAAAGGAAGGCAGAUCUUUGCGACGAGAUUCUCCACAUCAUGAAGCUUCAAAUAGGCGUCCUUCACCUGUUAAACAAAUAAGGAGAGAAUAUGUCUGCAAGGUCUACUCAUCCAGUUUAGUAGCUGUAGAAAGGGAUUAUAUGUCUCUGGAUAAACGCUAUCCAAGACUUCUUGUGUCUCCAGAAUUUUCCAAGGUGGUGGUGAGUUGGCCUAAGGAUUGCCUUAAGCUCUCGUUACAUACCCCUGUCAGUUUUGAGCACGACUUUUUUGAAGAUGAGAGUGCAGCUGAACCAAAAGAGUCAUCCACCAAACUCCUCUCCAAUGACUCAGAACAACCAGUACGUCGAGAUACCGUCUGGAACGCUAAGGUGAUUCUGAUGAGUGGACUGAGCAGGAGCGCCCUGGAGAAUCUAUCGUCUGAUAAGAGCUAUGGUGAUCAUGUUCCCCAUAUUUGUAACAUUUUAAGGUUUGCUGUUCUUAGGAAGGAUCAUUCUUUCAUGGCAAUUGGCGGACCGUGGAAUUGUAAUGAUGGCAGUGAUCCAUCUGUUGAUGAUUCUUCCUUAAUACAGGCAGCCCUUAGAUAUGCUAAAGAUAUCACUCAGCUUGACUUAAAGAAUUGUCAGCAUUGGAAUCGUUUCCUCGAGAUACAUUAUGAUCGAAUUGGGAAGGAUGGCCUCUUUAGCCAUAAAGAGAUCACUGUACUCUUUGUCCCUGACUUGUCGGACUGUCUUCCAUUACUGGAGACAUGGAGGCAGCAGUGGCUUGCUCAUAAGAAUGCUGUUGCUGACAGAGAACGGAGAAGAAAUUUAAAAGAUGAGAAGUCUGGAGAUAGGAUGGAGGGAACUGAAGACAAGGGUUUAAAUUCCUUAAAAGAUUCAAAAAUGGUUGGCAAAUCUGAGAAAAACGACGACUCUGGAACUUCUGGAGAGAAUGGGGAUGGUGAUCAGAAAGAUAAAAAUGCCGUUUUUGUCCAAGGAGGUGAAACUGAAGAAAGAAGUGGCAAAAAUGAGAAGAAGGAUGUGGAUGAAAUGGCUGAGUUUGACAAGGAUGAAAAAGUAAAGGAAUCAGGAGAAACAACUGGUGCUCAGGCAGCUGGCACUGUCAAGACUGGGAAGAAGAAGAUUAUACGGAAGAUUGUAAAACAGAAGGUUGCAGACAAGAAGGCUAUAAUGGAGAAAAUCGAUGGUAAACAGAGUGACAAGCUUGAUAAGGAUGCUGGAGAUGGUAGCACAAUAUCAGAGACAGCAAGUAAGCAGAAUGAACCAUCUACUGUUGUCAAAACUUUUAUCAGGAAAAAGGUGGUAAAGAAAGUUCCUGCGGUUAAAGAAGGCGUGCAGUCUGUGGUGAAAACUGAAAUGGAGACAGAUUGCACCGAAGGGGAAACUAAAGAGAAAACCGAUCCUGAUAGUGCCAUGGUCGGGCAAGAUAGUGGUGCAAAGACAACCAUAAAGAGGAAAAUAAUUAAAAAAGUACCUAAGAAGAAGGUUGUGGAUGGGGAAGUCAAUGUUGGGGUGGCUGAUUCUAAGGAAGAUGGUGGUGAACAAAUUGUUGUCAAGGAAGGGCAAAUGGAUGAGCCUGUUGCUGACACCAAAAGUCAGGUGAGCGAAGUGAACAAACCGAAGAAGAAAGUAAUUAGCAAGAAAAAGUCACAAGCAUCAGUUCCUGAGAUGCAGAAUACUUCAAAGACCUCAGCAGCAGCAGAAAGUGUGGUCAAUGAGGAGGAAAAAAAGGAUGAAAAGGGAGUUGAAGAGAAAAUUGGCUCCAGCACUAUAGCUGAGGGCAAAGCUGAGAAGCAGAAAGGUCCCGAGCAUGAUGUUCAUAUGGAUAAGAGUUUGAGAGAGGUGGAAUCAAAGAAUGAUAAGGAGAGAAAAGAUGCAAAUCAGAAAGAUGAAUCUAUGAGAAAAUCAGAUGAAGAUACAAGGGCAAAGAGAAAGGUUGAAGAACCUCCCCGCCCAGGCCUGAUUCUACAAACAAAAGGUCCCAAGGGUUCUAAAUUGCGUUCAUUAUCACUUUCGCUUGAUUCACUCUUAGACUAUUCUGACAAGGAUGCCGAAGAAUCAAACUUUGAGCUUUCAGUAUUUGCAGAAUCACUUUAUGAGAUGCUCCAGUAUCAGAUGGGAUGUCGUCUCUUUAGCUUUUUGCAGAAACUGCGUACAAAAUUUAUUAAAAAAAGAAAUGAGCGCAAGAGGAGGCGAGAAGAAAAUCAAGAGACAGAAAAUUACAAAAAAGCACCAAAACAAUCGAAGACUUUUGAACUGCCUCCAAAAAGCAAAUCAGCUAUCCUUGAGACAGCUGGCGUUUCUACUAAACCAGAAGAUGAAAAGACUAAGGAUAACAAUGAUUCCAAUGACAAUGUUGAUGAUGAGAAAAUGAAUGAAGGAGCAAAUAACAAUGAGGAUCUUGAGGAAGAUCCUGAAGAAGAUCCAGAAGAGUUUGAUGAAAUGGAGGAAACGACAUCCCAACUUGAGACUUCUAAAGAGGCAACUGAACAAUUGGAGAAUACUGAUGUCAAUACUGGGCCUGAAAAGGUAGGCGGGGACAAAGAGAGUGGAGCAGAGGAACCGGUGAAGGAUGAGGAAUCUGCAAAGGACAAAUCUAGUGUGACAACUCCUGGGUCUAAGCCAGAUCAUGAUACUAGCGCACCUGUAAAAGGAGAGGAAGUGGGAACAGGGAUGAAACAAGCAGGUGUUGAGGAUAGUGUGGUCAAUAAGGAAUUACUGCAGGCUUUCAGGUUCUUUGACAGAAACCGAGUUGGAUACAUAAGGGUUGAAGAUAUGAGGUUGAUCAUUCACAGCUUGGGAAAGUUCCUAUGUCAUAGAGAUGUCAAGGAACUGGUGGCGUGCGCGUUAUGGGAGAGCAAUACUGGUAGAGACAACCGCAUUCUCUACGAAAAGCUUGUCAGAAUGUCUGAUGUUUGAGACCAAGGAAACUCCUCUUUCCAUAGAUUGGGAACUGUUUCAGCAUUUCUUCAGGGGCGAUAUCAUCUCGAGCUCUCGGGAGCAUAUGCGCCUCUUCAUUUGUUAAUUGCCUUUGCGGUUCUAAUUUUAUUUGUGGUCGAAUAAAGUCGUAUGGCCAAUUUUUUUUUUUUUGUGUGAUUUUUCAUCUCUUGAUUGAUGGCGGGUUCAACUUAUAUAGUUGCGGAUGUCACGAGGAAUAGGUCGAUUCAUCCAAAAUAGCCGUCUAGUGGCAAAGGUUGUAACCCUUCUUUUCCAGCCAGUCCCUAUAACACGAGUUCGUCCCGGCUUUGACCUA